AUUGGAUUCAAUGAAUUUAAUAGUCACGAUCGAGAUAAUUAUUCUACACAUAACAGUUUAACAUAGCUCUUGUAAACAUGCAUCAAAUCGCUGUUGGUUUAAUAUUUGUGAUUGGAUUUAAUUCCAUAAUUUGCCAGCUAUGUCCUCGCCCAACAUCUGGAAUUGAAAACGGAAGUCUUAAACCAAAAUGUUCAACGAGUGGAUGUUCUUCAAUAAAAGUGAAAUGUAAAAACUGCUAUAAACGAGUUGGUCCCGGGAAAAUAAAUUGUAAAGGAGGGCAGUGGGCGCCAAUAAAGACCAAAUGUGAUGCGGUGUUAUGUGGGAAACUUAAGUUACCAGCGAACACAGUGGCCUCUAGCAAUAGCACGCAUUGUGGUGCCGCCAUCAAUGUCCGAUGCGCACCUGGAUAUGGACCAUCAAAAGCGACCAAGAUGAUAUGUAAAUCAUCGGGAAAGUGGAAGGGAAAGCAGUUAAAGUGCUCGAAAAUAAAAGACACUUGCGAUGACUUGAGUACACCCAAAAACGCCGAACUGAUAGCUGGGAGUCUGACGGGCAAUAAAGUCGGAGAUUCCGCCACUUUUCAAUGUAAGAAGCAUUAUAAAGCACUUGGCAAACUGAAAGUCAGCUGUGUACAAGGGGGGAAGUGGAGCAGUAAACCUUCAGAUUGCAAGCUUGGAGGUCGAUGUCCAGACAUUUUCCCGGGAAACGAUGUAGGUUUAAAAGUCACAGAAGGCAAACUUCUUCAUAAUAUAUACGAGGACCGAGUUUUUUUCGCAUGUGAGCCUGGGUUGGUGUUGAUGGGACAUUCACAUAUAAUGUGUAGAUGGGAUGGUGCGUGGAACCAGGCAGUGCCUACUUGCAUCAAAACGAGUUCCACAAAUUGCCCUGACUUAACUGUUCCCGAACAUGGUUUCGUUACAAAGGGUCAAGUUAAAGAAAACACAUUUGGUGACACAGUCACGUUUGCUUGUGAUCCGGGAUAUACACUGGACGGAACUCCAACAUUGACUUGUUUCAAAAAGUACAGCAUAGAACUUCCCGGGAAUGGCACCGAUGGACUAGUGUGGGACAUCGCCAUGCCUGUUUGUCGAUUGUCAAAUACAGGGGACUGCCCUGAUCUUGUCCUCCCAAAAUACGGAUUUCUGGUUGGCGAUGGACGCCUUACCGGAAACGAAGUUGGUGAUAACAUAGUCACCUCCUGUAGGAAACCAUAUAUGAAACAAGGGGGGCGUGUACUCACCUGCCUAGCAAAUGGAAAGUGGGAUAAACCAAUGAUCGAGUGUAUUGAAAUUGAUAUUACGUGUCCUGACGUCAUUUUGGAAAAGGAUAGCAAUUUGGUUGUCCUCCGUGGAGAUCUUUCUGGAAAUAAAUAUUAUGAUCGAAUCAUCUUUGGCUGUUCAACUGGCUUCGCUAUACUUGACGGCAUGUACUAUACCGUCUGUAACAGAACUGGCGGGUGGACUCUGCCUCUUCCUGUGUGCAAAGAAGCAGGCUGUAAGUCAGCGGGAAAAGUAAUUGAACAUGGCACGGUGAGAGGCGUUGUCGAAUCUGGAAAAUAUGAUAUUGGGGCGUCAUUGGACUACGAAUGCGAUGAGUGUUAUCAGUUGAUCGGUGCACCAACUCGUACCUGUCAGUUGAUAGGGACAUGGUCCCCGAUACAUCCACCUAGUUGCACAGUUCGUACUUGUACCAGAAUUGAAUCUCUUGAACACGGGGCAAUAUUUCCAACACAAGGACGGGUAGUCCAAUGUGGUGAAUCAUUUGCCGUUCAGUGUAAUAAGGGAUACGUGAUAAAAGGAGAAAACAAAAGAACGAAGGAGAUGCGUUGCACUCCCAGUGGAUGGGAUCCUUUAGAUACACCAAUAUGCCUGUUAAAUGCUACGUGUCAAAAUCCACCAGUGGCUUUAAACAACGGGGAAGUUAUCACUACCAUCACGGGUAGACCGCAUAGGAUUGGGGACAGCGUUACGUUCAAAUGUAAUGAUUGCUAUAAACUUGAGGGAAAUGACACAAUGACUUGUUUAGAGAGUCAACUCUGGAGUAGUGGUGUACCCCAAUGUGUAGCCAAAACUUGCGAAGAUGUCAAUAGCGGAUGGAUAUCAGUGACGCCAAACAAUCCUUCGGUAAACCAUGAUCCCUCCAAUAUACUGUAUAAGCUAGUUAUCUAUGAUGAAUGCGAUUUCAACAUAACAUGUAUGGAACCAGUGUUCAAAGAGUGUGGUUUACCCUUUGUUACACCUACAACCAGCGGAAGGAUAUUUGAUGGUGUUGAGGCCAACAGUCACAGUUGGCCCUGGGCAGUAGUCUUGUUUAUGAAGGAUUGGCAGUUUUGUGGAGGUUCGCUUAUACAUCCUCAGUGGGUACUCUCUGCUGCUCACUGUUUUGGAACAUAUAGAGACCCUGGCUACUGGCGUGUAGUACUUGGCAAACAUAAUAUUUCGAAAAAAGAGUCUGGUGAGAUCACUGCAACUGUGUCAGCCAUUUUCACGCAUCCUGCAUAUAGUAAUGAAGGUCGUCGUCUCUUGAAUGACUAUGCAUUGCUUAAGUUAGACAAGCCAGUCACGUUAACCCAGAACAUCAUUCCAGCAUGUGUACCUCCCGUCGAUUAUUUCACUGAAAUAAUAGAUGGCGCUAUAAGUAGGAACACAGCGUGGUUGUUACAGUCUUCAACGGAAAUGAAUUGUACCGCAAUUGGAUGGGGACUGACUCGUGGCGGUUUUACUAGUGAUGAACUGAUUCAAGUAGCUCUACCCAUCAUUCCUAAUAAAGUGUGUAACAAAGUUGAAUACUUGGAUGGUAGUCUUCAUCAAUCUGGUUUCUGUGCUGGUGGGAUUAACAAAGACACGUGCUCGGGUGAUUCCGGGGGUGCGUUUAUGUGUAAAAUUGGCUCACGUUGGAUGUUAGCUGGCCUGACAAGUUAUGGUCCAAAACUGGGGGAGUGUGGUGUUAAACGCAAACCAGGCGUAUAUGCAAGGAUCUUCCCAAGUGUCUUUAAGUGGAUUACAGAUACGAUUAAAUAGAUCUAGGACUGCAGAAUCGUACAUAAGAAUCUGGUUCACACAUUUUGCAAUGAUGAUAUCUUGGCUUUCAAUUCUAAGAAUCGAUUUCAAGGCCUGUACCAAAAGCAGAUAAUAAAUUGUUACAUUUAAUGAAUUUCAAA